AUGGGUGUGGAGUAUGCCCGCCCAUGCCACCAGCUCAACUCUGUGGGAAGUGUGGCGAAGCUUGUACGACGCGCAAACCGCAUUGUCGCGCUUACCGGUGCCGGGAUUUCAGUGGAAUCAGGAAUUACUCCGUUCCGUGCUCCCAGCUCCUCCGGCAGCGACACUGGGGCCAUUUGGGCAGAAUUCGAUGCGCGGCAAAUGACGGUUGCUGGCUUCAAUCAUGAUGCCCACGUGCGCGAGAAGUGGUGGGCAAUGAAGCGAAAGUUGCUGAAGGAGAUGCGCUUGGCAAAGCCCAAUCCUGCUCAUUGUUUCUUUGGUCAGCUGGAGAUGCGUGGCAAGUUGAGUGGAGUCAUCACACAGAACAUCGAUUCGCUGCACCAAGAUGGUGGCGUGCCAUGCGAGAAGGUGAACGAGCUCCACGGGCACAUGCGACGUUUGAUCUGCUCCGACCAUCGAACUGCACUGAAUCCAGAGCCGUUUGCAACGGGGGCAUGCGAUUUUGUUUGCGAUCUGGCAGCUUGCGGUGAAGCUGGCAUUCCUGUUUGCCCAAAGUGCAGCUCACCCCUCCGCACAGAAACAGUACUCUUCGAACAGGCCCUGCCGGAAGGAGCCGUGGAGCGUGCUCGGAAGCAGGUCCAGGAUUGUGACCUCCUUCUGGUGAUUGGCAGCACACUGAUAGUUCGGCCUGCCAACGAACUGCCAGCGGAAGCGCUCCGCCGUGGCAUCCCAGUCAUUAUGGUGAACUUGGAUGACACCUGCUUCUCGUCUGCAUUUUUUCUGUACUUCGUCACCAUCUUCUAA